GAACGAACGAACGAAAGAACGAACGAACGAACGAACGAACAUACGAACGAACGAACGAACGAACGAACGAACGUACUACGUACGAACGAACUAUCACGUAAGAACGUGACGUAAGGUCAAUGGUGUGUGUGAACAAGAGAGUUUAGUGUGACAGUGCACGGAUAUGAAUUCUCGAGACGACCGCCAUGCGUCUCCUUCGCCAACGAAGGAUCCUUCCUGGAGACACGGAUUGAUGCCACGGGAUCGUUUCUACGGUGAAGAGCCACUCGAUCGUCCUAACUUAUCGUCUUCAACUCGAUGAAGAACGAUUGGCCAAGGAAGACGACGGCUCUCGACGGUGAGGAUCUGUUUUCUUAAAAAGAAAAGAUUAUAAAAAAGGAAGAAUCGAUACAUCAUCAAAAUAGUUCGCGCCUUUUUUUUAAUUAACUUCUGCCUUCUACAUCGUCGAAAGAGGGAAAGAGAGAAAGAAAGAAAGAAAGAAAGAAAGGAAGGAAGAAAGAAAGAAAGAAAGAAAGAAAGCAAGAAAAAGAGAGAAAGGGAGGGAGAAAGAUAGAGAGAGAGAGAGAGAGAGAGAGAGAGAGACAUUGUGUGUUCAACGAAAAGGAUAGUGUAUUAUCUCAAGGAUCUAAGAGUAAAAGUGAAAAAGCCGAGUAUCCGAUUUCUUGACGGUUGUGAUAAUUCGGAGCUACUUCGAAUUGGUUUGAAAUCGAUAAUAAAAAAAAAAAAAAAAAAAGAAAAAAAAAGAAAAUAAAAAACGUGACACGCAAGUGGUGGCCCGCGAGGAAAGAUAAACCUCGUAAGUUUUCUUAGAGAUUUUCUUCCCAAGGAGAUUGUAAGAUCGACCAACCCACGGCAUGCCGUGGCUCGAGGUCACUCAGUCUGGUUUCCUACACCGUCGGCCGUGUUAUGCAUCCGAACGCAGAGAAACACGACUACGCGAGAUGGGAGUUAGGGUUGGGAGAUGUGAGGGGUGGAGUGCGUUAAUUCAAGAGAACCGGAAGAAGAGAACCGGUUUCCGUAUAGUCGGACCACAGUAAGGUCCGCGAAGGGGUUAGUGGGAGCAAGAUAAAAGAAGAAACGGGAGUUAGAGCGAGAAAGCAAGAGAGUGAGCGAGAGGUAGGACCCAAAAGCUUUUGUUUUUCGUCGUGACAAGCUGUCGGUGGGCUCCUUGGGCCCACCUCUCAUCGGUCAAGCUGGCGAGCGCUCUAACCGCUGGUAUGAACCCCCACCACCCGGGCCACCCCGCAGCCUACCCCCACCACUCGUCUUUGUCAAGUAGUCCGCAUCAUACAGGCCCCGGUGGGCCUCACCAUGGCUAUGGAGCGAACGGUGGCGGCGGAGGAGGUGGUGGUGGCGGUGGUGGAGGCACCACAACAACCCCGGACCUACCGAGUCCUCAUUCGCCACCCCAUGGAGUUGCCACGGACCCGGCUACUCCGUAUGGCUCUCUACAGGCAGGACAAGGUAUGGGCGCCAAUGGACAUCACCAUGGAGCCGGUAGUAUGAUGACCGACCAUCCGCACCAUCCGGGACAUCCCCAUCCCCAUCUACCAGGUCAUCCUGCUUACCCACCGGUCAAUCACAAUAACAACUGUACGCUUAAGCAAGAAGGCGGUCCAAGUGCACCAACGAGCACUCAGUUAUGCGCGGGUUGUGGCGGUCAGAUAGUCGAAAGAUGGCUGUUACUCGCGAUGGAUCGCUAUUGGCAUAAUGGCUGUUUGAAGUGCACAUACUGUAAUGCGGCCCUAGCGGAAAUCGGCCACUCGUGCUACACCAGAAGCGGCAUGAUCCUCUGCAAGAACGACUACAGAAGAAUAUUUGGCAGUAGCGGUGCUUGUGCAGGUUGUGGUAAUCCGAUACCUGCCAAUGAAAUGGUCAUGAGGACGAGUGGAUCGGUGUUUCACCUAAAGUGUUUCACCUGCAGCAAAUGCGGUGGUCAGCUUGUUUCGGGCGACAGGUAUUAUCUUCUAUCAGGUUCACCGGUUUGUGAAACGGACUGGCACAAGAUACUGAAAUCAUCGAGCGUCGCCGCAGCAACUGCGGCAGCAGCAGCAGCAGGAAACGGGGGUGCACCUGUGAGGAAAGGUAAGGUCGGUCGGCCUCGAAGGAGCCGCGAAUGAGGCGGCAACCCGGUCGGUCGCCCGAAGAAGGUUCAACCCUCUCCACAAGCGACGCCCGUUGUCGUACCAACGCAGGUCGACGUUGCGGACGUUGCCGUAGGAGGGGAUCCCUAUUCGCCGCCUCCGCCGGGUCAUCAGCACUAUCACCAUCAUCAUCACCACCAUCAUCACGAACAUCAUCAGAUGAGUCUCGUGCAUCCGGGUUUGGCGGCUCAGCAAACGACGCACAUGCAACAGCCAUCGUCCGGCAGCUAUCAGGAUUGGCCGCCGUGGGCACAGGAUCCUUGUGACUGAAUAGACCCCUCUGACCUGGUACUCUGCCAGGCCCGUGCCCGCCAAGCGUCUCUCUCUCGAAGAUCACGUCCUCCUCUCUCGUUGCAAGAAAAUUUCAUCAAAAAAGAUGACGUGAUUCGUGAUCGCAUCGGGAGAAUGUGCGUUGUGCGACGACUGAGAAUCAACCAUACGUAUGUAUGCACCGUUCGAUCGUCGUGAGUGCGUCAAAAACAAAAUUGUAUCGGUUGCCAUCUUGCUUUUUCGUUCGAUCUCUCGAAAAAAAAAAAAAAAAAAAAAAUAGAAA